UUUAAAUUCUAGCUGAUUGUUAGAUAGUAAAGUACAAAAUGCCAAUAAAUGAAACUACUGCUUUAGUAAACUGUAACAAUACAUACAGGAAGUAAACAAAAUACAUUCCUAGUUACUGUUUCAGGUAAUCUAGUUGUGUUCAAUACAGUUUUGAAAUUUCUAGCCAUUACUGCCAAGUUUUGUUGCCAUCAUAGCUGUGGUGUGGGUGGAAGAGCCAAACCAGAAAUGAGCAGAUCUAACUGUAAGCUACUUUACAUGUUGUCAAUUGACUAUAAAUUGCAGCAGCCAUUGACUCAGCGGAACCAGCUACAGAAUUCAGAUGUUUUCAGGUAUUAUUCAUCAGUCUUAAAACAGCACAUCUUGUUUCCUUGGAUUUUACUUUCAUCUGAAGACCGGUGAGUCUCUAGUCUAAAAGGAAAACGAUUCUAACAAUUUUGUUUUGCCCUGGUUCGAGUAGUAAAGCAGCAAAUAACUGUUUUAUGUAAUAUUCUUUGCAAGCAGAAGCAUCAGUACUAAGCAACAAAUACUGCAGGUAUGUCUUCUUGAGGGGUUGUGUUGGUUUCUUAGUUUGUUGCUCUGUAAUGAUGUUUUGUCAUAAAAGAUUUUUUCUCCGUAACACUUUUUUCCUCAGACAAUGUUUUAAAGUUGUUAGCAGUGGAAAGCUUUUAGACAAUAACCCAACCUGUGUAAAUAGAAAAGGGCAAGAGGACUGUCCACUAUUUUCAUUUUAUUAUGAGUAUAUGUAUUCACCUCUUGAUUUUUUGCAUACAUAUUAAUAUAAAAUGGAUGUGUGUUCAUGUUUGCAACCUACCUACAGAAGUACCUGUUUAAGAUGCAUGUGACUCUCUCUCUUGUCUAACACCAUGCUAUAAACACAUUCUUAACUCACAGGAUUUCUGUUGUGAGAUCUAUGUGCAUUAGAAAAAGAGACAAUGCUGAGUACAGAGGCAUUUUGAUAGACUGAGUUGUGAGAACAGGUCCAUACUAAGUACUAAAUGGGACAGGUUCAAAGUCAUUAGAAUGCAUUAAAAUAUCUCCAUAUCCUUGUGAAAGAUGAAAGGGUCACACAUGUUACGGAACUGUGGUCAGAACUUCUGAAGCUUUUGUGAGUAUGGGAUUCUAGUAACCUAGUUUAAUGUUCAGGUAUGUUUACCAUUUUGGUAAGUGUAAAAUACCGUGUUUUGGACAGCAACGUAUAGAUGUGGAAGCGGAUGGUAAGUGUUUUGGGUACAGUCUGUGUAGGCAAGUAUUGCUGCAGUCCAAGAGGGCUGCAGUAACCACAGAUCACAGUAAUUUGUUAAAUUUAUUUUGAAGUGACUUUUAGGCAACAAUCAUUACUGCUAUGCUGAUAUUUUUCUGUUUGAAUAGUGGUAUUAGGAAGGCUCUAUGAUGUGGCUUCCUAUAAAACACUGCAAGAUUAUCUUUCUAGCAAAUAUAUAAUGGUGAUUUGAGUAAUGCCUGCUGUAUUGCUGCUCUGGAGAGAGGAUAUAUGGUUAUAGGUUUUUAGCAGUGCCCCCUUGGCUGUGUCCAGUCCAUUAUUCCAAUUAUAAAUUGGUUUACUAUAUAAUUUGAACAUACAUUUUAAAGUUUAAUAAAUUAUUCCAUAAUCCUCUAUUAGUAGGGUUACAUUUAGUAUUUCAUAUCUGUGUUUAAUCUGCAGGUGAGUGCAGAAGCAGCAUGAGGACCCAAGGACAGGUUAGGUUUAGCAGAAAUUCAUCCUCUAAAUUUUUGCAAAACUCUUUAUGUAGAAUAGAUGUAAAUACUUGACAGACAUAAAACUGAGAUCCAUUCUCUGCACAAAUUUUCCAUCUAAUUAAGACAGUAUGGUGAAUGACACAUCAAAUGAAUAGAGAGGAAAAAAUAAUUUGUCUUUGAAGACUCUUGGGUAUGGAUAGGGAAUCUGUUACUGGAACUGUAGAUUUCUUUUCAGAGAGGAGAAAGGGGUGGAGAGAAUGCCUCAGAUGUUGGCCUGCUUUGUUUAUUGACUGUAGAGAUAGAAGUUUUGGUGUAUUUGCAGCAAGAUGGUUGGUCCUAUGUGGAGUACAUAAAUGUCGAUUUUCUUGUUUAUUAAAGCUGAGGAGACUGCUGUUUGCUUUAGGAAGCUUUCAUGGUUUUAUUUUCUUAAAAUUACUUUAAUCAGUGUUGCUGAUUUGCACUUUCUCAUCUUUUCAAAUGGGACCCUGUCUGCUCUAUAUAACAAUCUCUCAACACCAUUCCUAAAUGUCACAAAUGCAUUUAAAGCCUCUUCCAGAAAAUGCCGAUAAUGCCAAGUGUUGGCAAGCUCAGGUGAGUUUUUCCUGCUGUUCAGUAUGAGUUGUUUAAACUAUUAUAUAAUUAUGCAUUUCCAGGUUAAAUGCAGAACCUGAUGGAUGGCAAAAGCUACUGUAACCUCAUGGAGAAGCUGACCAUCUGUACUGAGACUCAGCACAUACAGCUGGCCAGGCCCUUCUGUGCUGACCCAGUGGUCACAUUUCACAUGUACCCUGAAACACCAAACCAGGGCACUUGCUCUGAAGAUUUGUCAUUCCUUCCUUUCAUGCCCGAGCACCUCAUGGCAGAGAACUGCAGCGAGCCCUGUGCCUUUCCCUACCAAAUGCCCUAUUCCAAUUACCGCAGAAGUGAGUACUCCUAUGGGCCAGCUUUCAUCAGAAAGAGGAAUGAGAGGGAAAGACAGAGGGUUAAAUGUGUCAAUGAAGGCUAUGCUAAACUGAGGCGUCACCUACCCAAGGAAUACUUGGAGAAGCGGCUCAGCAAAGUAGAGACGCUCCGUGCCGCAAUAAAAUACAUCAGCUACCUACAGUCUGUUCUCUACAGUGGUUCUCUGGUGGCAGAAAAAAAUGUCACAGAGCCAAGCCAUGCACCUAGCAAACAAAACCAGUUUCUGAAGACAAUCUAAGCAGUUAGAAACUAAGUUCCAAAUCCCAUGUGGGAACCAAGUAGCCACUAUAUUAGUAGUGCCGGGUGUGUUCCUGGCGCAGCUCGGGAGCAGAUCAUAGCAUGCGUCAGUAUCCGCCCACAGAAGAGUUUCAGUUUUACAGAUGGUAACUACACUUAAAUACGAAAGAGACUGAGGAAAUCUCAUCUGAAUGACUUAAGUUAGUUAACUCAUGGAAAUCAAAAAACACUUUGAUCACCAAACCAAAAAUGUAAUACCUAUACAUGUAAAGUAACUGUAUCAUCACAGCUUGCAUGCUUUAAAAUA